GCACAUGGAGAUAUAUCUUGCUGCUAUUUUUGGCAGUUUGGGCUUGUUUCAUUACCCAAAUACAAGCCUCUUGGUGCAAAACCGUGGGGAAAUUAUUUUAGGCUGGCGCAAAACGAAGAACCUGCUGUAUUUUUCAUUUCCAAUCUCUUUUUCUAAAUGGUAGGUCUGUUUUGGCUGCCUUUCUUGUCCAUCCAUUUGAAUGCCAGAUUCCAUAUAAAUAGAGCGUCCACUUCCCAAGACAUUUCUUUGGUUUUUCAUCCCAACCACAAUUUGUUACAACACUACUUACCAAUUACACUUUACGCACCAUGUUUUUAUAUGGAAUAUACCACCAGCGACCGCGGAUACCACUUACCUCCUCUUGACUUUUCAAUAACCAACCCAACCCUUUGCUCGCAAAAUCUACAGUCCAUAUUUUCACUUUCAAAACACAACUUAUGCCAAGGGAUGUUCGAACACACCCACCGGCUUUCCACGUCAAAUCCUCUUUCGUCAUACAACCAGCCCUCAUCUUCAUAUUUCGUCUCCCCAUUACCCACUCCUCCCUUUGCUGCUACCCGCCCUCCUUGCUAAUGUAUUGCCUGAACAAAAAAGAACAGAACAAACAAAAAGAACAGAACAAACAAAAAAGAACAAAAAA